AUGCGCAUUGAAGAGAAAGAAGGCAUUCCAUCCAAUCAAGUGAGGCUGAUAUAUGCCGGCAAGGAGCUCCAAGACGGAUAUCCACUGUCACUUCAUGGCGUACAGGAAGAUUCCACUCUCUGUCUGAUUACCACGCUCAGGGGAGGAAAACCUGUCAUUUACCUUUUACCCCCGAUAUCCAUGCCACUCGUCGACGUCUCUAUCCUCCUCGUCCCUCAAUGGCGCUUUUCCCACAUUUAUCCCCUCGCAAACAUCAAACCCAUCGCAGACUCCGGGAAAGAACGCGUCGCCUGGUCCGUCUCAGCCCGCCCCGACGGCACCCUCGUUGAGCACUGCUCUGGCCUGGAACUCUCCUACCUCUUCUGGGAGGCCGAGUCGCGCCACGUCCCCUCCUCCCCGCCCCUCAGCCCAAAGCUCGCCGCUAUCGAGCACUUCGACCCCGCCACCCCCGCCCUCGACCCGACCUCGCCCACCGCGGUAUGCCUCCCCUUCGCCGCCCUCCUCCCGUACCUCGACGACGCGCUCAAGCGGCUCACGCUCCACGUCACCGCGCGCAACGAUUUCAUCACCUACUGGCUCCCGAAGCUCUCGAAGGCGCCGUUCGUCGCGCUGCGCUUCCUCCCGCAGGCGGCGUACGCGCGCGCGGCGGAGCUGCGCGUCGAGCCCGCGCCGGACGUCGUCACGCGCGUGUUCAUGCUCUUCCGCGGUGUCUCGGAGGCGGAGGCGGAGGCGGGCGAGUGGGCGGCGGCGCGUGCGCGUGCGGUGGACGGGGGCGUGGACUGGGCGGAGGUGGUCGGGGUGCGGCCCGAGGCGACUGACGCGGGCGUGUUCAGGGUGCUGGAGUGGGGUGCGAUGGAGGUCCUGUGA